AGUUUUGUUGAAUCUGUAGUCACUGGUAACCUGUAGUCAACGACAUGUAUGUAGUCAGUAGGACGUAUAAUAUAUAUAAUAUUUGACUAUUUCGUCUUGAAAGUAUAAAAAAUUCAGUUCAUAUUUAGUUCUAAUAAAAAUGGGGGAUAUUCUUAGGCGAGAGGUAUUACAUGUAUUUAAGAAACUACAUCGUACCCGAAUGAAUACUUUUAAGGGUGAUGAACAUGCAUUAAAAGUUAUAAGGGACAAAAUAAAUGAGGAGUAUAAAAAAUAUAAACAUGUUACAAACAGCGCUGCUAUCGAAGAGUUAAACAAAUUUGCAGAAGAAGUAGAACAUGAAGUGCGAACAACUGUAAUUCAAGCAGUUGAAACAGAGCCUGGAAGGUUUGAACUUCGCAUUACAAGUGAUACAGCUCUAGUGGAUAAUGUACCCUAUAUGGAUUCAGAGGGACCUGAUCAGGUGAAAAGUGAUAAACAAGACAAUAGUCCAUGUUCAAAUACUUCUUCAAAAAAUAAGGUAAAAUAACGAUAGUGAUAAAAUAUAAAUUAAAAAUAAAUUUUAACUUUGUAAAAACUUAGAAUAUUGUUGAAAAUCACCAAAACUAUGUAUUAAUUUAUGAAAAAAUAUAUUUAUGUAGUUUAUUCAAACUA